AUGGCCGCUGCAGUCGCAAAUCCGGUUGCAUCCGCGUUCUCCACGCCGAAAGCCGUAGCACCGCCCGGUCAACCGGACAUCUCAUACGCUCCGGACUACGAGAAGUAUCAGGCCCGGGCUGCACGGAGGGUGCAGAGCGAGAACCUGCCUAGUACCUUACCGGAAGGACUCCCCGAGCAGCUAAAGGGCGAUUUGGUGUGGGAGGGCAACACUCUCGCAGAGACAUACGAAUGGACUUAUGUUCUCAACGAGGACCAGUUGGCCGAGAUUGACCAGGCUGUGAAGCACUUCAAAUCACUUGGACUUCCUAUCUCGCAUGUUGCAAAGGACACUUUCCCCCUUCCUAAACUGCACUCGGAGCUUCGCCGUCUCUCCCACGAGUUGCACUUCGGUCAUGGCUUCUUCGUCAUCCGAGGAUUAAGAGUCGAUGAGCACACCCGUGAGGAAAACGUGAUCACUUACGCUGGACUUUCGUCGCAUAUCGCUCCUCAACGCGGCAGACAGGACCAAUUCAGCCCCUUUGACGGCAGCCCGGCAGACGUUGUUCUCACCCACAUCAAGGACCUCAGCGAUUUGCCCGAACUGAAGGGCAGCAUUGGCUCGCCGGCGUACACUACCGACAAGCAAGUGUUCCACACGGACUCAGGAGACAUCGUGAGCCUGUUCGCUCUCGAGACUGCACUUGAAGGGGGUGCAAGCAAGCUGGCUUCCACUUGGCGGGUGUACAACGAGCUUGCAGCCAACCGACCCGACCUUAUCCACACUCUCAGCCAGCCAUGGGAUAUGGAGGUAUUUGAAAAGAACGCUAAGAAGAAGUUCACGGAGCGACCGUUGCUGUAUUACCAACCUGCCACUGAAAGCACACCGGAGCGGGUUCUUCUCCAAUAUGGGAGGCGUUAUUUCGUGGGCUUCGGCCAGCUCCCACGCAACCCUGAGAUACCACCGAUCAGCGAAGCACAGGCUGAAGCGCUUGAUGCGCUGCACUUCCUGGGAGAGAAGUUCUGCGUCAACACCCACUUCGAGAAGGGCGACAUCCAAUACGUGAAUAAUCUUGCACUCUUCCAUGCUAGAGACGGCUUCGUUGAUGGAGAGGAACAGCGACGCCAUCUCCUCCGCUUGUGGCUGAGGGACCCGGAGUAUGCCUGGAAGACACCUGAGGUAAUCGAGUGGAGGUGGAAACAGCUCUACGAGGGCGUAACCCCAGAAAAGGAGCUUUUGCCCUUGGAACCAUUCGUGCGCAAUGCCGGAAAGGGUCGCUGA